AACCCCUCCACCAUUCUCACACCACUGUAAACUCAUCUACUCCUUUCCUACAUAUAAAUCUCAGUUCAAGAACAACCAUGGCGAAGAAGCUCGCACUCGCAGCAGUCCUCCUGGUGGCCAUGGUAGCGUUGGCCAGCGCCACGACCUACACCACCACUGUGACCACCACAGCCAUCGACGAUGAAGCCAACCAGCAGAGCCAACAGUGCCGCCAGCAGCUGCAGGGCCGGCAGUUCAGGUCCUGCCAGAGGUACUUGUCGCAAGGACGCAGCCCAUAUGGUGGUGAAGAGGAUGAAGUUCUGGAAAUGAGCACUGGGAAUCAGCAGUCCGAGCAGUCCCUGAGAGAUUGCUGCCAGCAGCUGAGGAACGUGGACGAGAGGUGCCGCUGUGAGGCCAUUAGGCAAGCAGUGAGGCAGCAGCAGCAGGAGGGUGGCUACCAGGAGGGCCAAUCACAGCAGGUUUACCAGAGGGCUAGGGACCUUCCUCGCAGGUGCAACAUGCGACCCCAGCAAUGCCAAUUCCGAGUUAUCUUUGUGUAGAAUCGCAAUCAACCAAGCGUGGUUCCUCAUGAGGUUGUGCGAGGAAAUGUAUAAAUAAGGUUGUACGUGUGACUGUGUUUUUGUAAUAAGUAUCUAUAAGUAGUCUGUGUGUACAUCCUCGAAAUAAAAAUGAAGAACAGCCGUUCUUUGUUGUUUC